GACGCGCUGGGCGACGAGGACGAGGAGGAGGCGCUGCCGCACUCGGAGGCGGUGGACGUGUUCCAGGAGGGGCUCGCCAUGGUGGUGCAGGACCCGCUGCUGUGCGACCUCCCCAUCCAGGUCACCUUGGAAGAGGUCAACUCCCAGAUAGCCCUGGAGUACGGCCAGGCCAUGACUGUCCGAGUGUGCAAGGUGGACGGAGAAGUCAUGCCGGUGGUCGUGGUCCAGAACGCCACGGUGCUGGACCUGAAGAAGGCCAUCCAGAGGCACGUGCAGCUCAAGCAGGAGCGUGAAGGCGGCGCCCGGCACAUCAGCUGGUCGUACGUGUGGAGGACGUACCACCUGACCUCCGCGGGGGAGAAGCUCACGGAGGACCGGAAGAAGCUCCGAGACUACGGCAUCCGGAACCGGGACGAGGUGUCCUUCAUCAAGAAGCUGCGGCAGAAGUGAGCCCGGAUUCAGACGGCCGGGCUGGGGGCCAGCCCUGCCCCGGCAGGAGGGAAUCUGGGCCACCGCCCACUGGCUACUGAAGGCUGUUACAGGGGCCUCACCCAGGUGUGCCUGCCUGGACUCUCGGACAAGCCUGGCCUUGGCACAGACCACGCAGGCCCUCCCUUGCACGCCCUGACCACGUGCUCGUCCCGCAGCGCCGGGGCCUGGCCUGUGCACGGAAUAAAGCGGUUUGCUUUCCACUUGGGUGCGUGAAGGAGCCGCUGUGCCUGGUGGGGGGGAGCCAGCACCAGCCCCUCGGGUGGCCUGAGGGCCAGGCCCUGCGGCCUCCGCCUGCCCCCAGGAGGCAGGGCAGGCUGGGGUGGGGGCACCUCCCGACCUGAACGCC